AUGCGUAAUCCAUCGAUAAAUGUUGAAAUUCCCUAUCAAGCAUAUUUACAUUUUCGUCAAAGAACUCAAAUUUUAAAAUUUUCAUCUGGUGUUAUUAUUCCUGGUUAUGAUAGUACUUGGUUAUAUUCAUUUUCAAAUUAUUUAGGUCUUGGCCGUUGUGACAAUUCAAAUUCGAGUAAUCUUCGAGAUACUUGUCUAAAUGUGACUAUAGCUGAUUUUGUCGAUAUUAUAUCUAAUAUAUCUUUAACUUCAAAUUAUCUUAUUAAUGGCAAACCUCUUAUUUUUAUUUAUGCAUCUCUAGGAGGAAAAUUUCUCACAUCUGCAGAAUGGUCAUAUAUAUGGUCGAGUGUUCGUCAACGCGUUACACUUGAUUUUUAUACAAUAUGUACAACUACAAGUCUAUUGAGUGUAUUUGAUGGUGUAGCUCCUUGGAUUGAUGUAGUUGCUUGGUCAAUGACAAAUAAUGCUCUUCCUAUAUACAAUCGAACACUAGCAUGGAUGAAAUUAGUAUAUGGUCCUAUAUUAUCCUCAAAUAUAUCAUCAGGUCGUAUUAUUAUGGGUGGCUUAAGUGUUGGUUUCAAUGAUUUUUCUCAAGGAUGGGGUGGUUGUCAACAAAGAACUAUUCCUCGUCAUCCUGAUUUAAUUCGUGCUCAACUUGAUUAUUUUGCAUCACAUUCUAUUCGACGUUUAUUUGUUUAUACUUGGGAUGAUUGGACUGAAGGUAGUCAAUUUGAACCAGAUGUAACGAAUGGAGUACAAUAUUUACUUUUGUUACGACAAUCUAUUGCUUCUUUCUAUGGUGAAACACAAAAUAUAAAUGGUGAUAAUAAACUUGUUUCAAGAUGGAUGAAUUAUCCUCAGUUAAGAAAUUGUACUCACAUUAAUGUGAUAUCAGUACCUACUAUUGAUAUUUCAUGUCCAACAACAAUAACAUCUAAUUAA